CGCCCUACAAACAUGCCAACAGGUGACUUUCCGUUGAUUCAAGUUCAGAGAAAUCUCGCUACUUAAAUGAAUCAGUGCUGCUACUUUGCCUUCUGAAGCACCUCACGCCUCGCACUUUAUCAUGCAAUCCAACGAGUUAUGCGCCGCCUUGGACAGCAGAAGAGCCGGAACCUGACAAGGCCAAAACAGUGCCACUGGUCUGUACACAAGUCUGGAUCAUACCAGGUCCUUUUACCUGGAAACUGAGAUAACAUACUUUCUCUCAUUCCGGACUAUCAUCAUCUCACGGAUGCCAUUGAGUUCGAUCUGGCAUCUGGCUGCUGUGUCUUGCGCGGAACUGAAAGCUCGGUUACUCCCCAGGUCGAGCUUGUCUUUGGGUGUCUUUACCUGUUGUCAGUAUGGUCGUAUCCACAACACAAUUGUGAAGACGAAUCAACAAUCCUGGAUCUGAAGAGAGAAUGCGUUUCAUCAUACGAGGCUACACGCCUUGUUUAGACCUCACGCUUUUUCUACAGAUAUCGACCUAUUGCUCUGAGUGGAUUCUUACACUAAAGCGUUGUUCGUUGGUUCCAUGGAUUCCACGGUUCGAAACAUCCAUCCACCAACAUCGCCAUACUUUGAAAGAGAUCAAACUCACCGACGAAGUGCCCUUACUUCGGGUACAGCCCAGUCAGGUGAAUGAAUACUGGUGCCUGGCCACUCUUCAUGCACCAGACUACUUGAUGUCUGCUCGUUCCAACGGAUCUAUAAGGCCUUCAGAUCCUCAACAGUUCACUUUACCAGAACAAUUACUGCCAUUUACGCCUCCUUCUUUUGGUGUACACAACUAUCAAGCCCAGGUCGAAGACCGCAACGCCCAUCCGAUCCAGGACGUGGGUGAAGAAGAACUGCUCGCGGAAUAAGAUACGCAGGAAGUGAUCAACGACCGCAUUCCGUGAUGACAGUGCAAGGCUGGUUCAAUGGGCAGUGGGCUGACUGGAACUCGAACACUCCGUGGCAGCUGUGCACUGCCGUCAUAAUGACCGGGCGGUCGUGUAUCACCAAAAACACCCAAGGAACUCCGCCCUAUACUCUUACU